CCAUCAUCGUUGGGUUGAUGGUCUUUGGGUCCAUGGGGAUGGUCUUUGGGUCCAUCAUCGUUGGGUUGAUGGUCUUUGGGUCCAUGGGGAUGGUCUUUGGACUCAUCAUUGUUGGGUUGAUGGUCUUUGGGUCCAUCACCGUUGGGUUAUUGGUCUUUGUGUCCAUGGAGUUGGUCUUCAUUGUUGGGUUGAUGGUCUUUGAGGAGAUGGAGAUGGUCUUUGGAGUCAUCAUCAUUGGGUUGAUGGUCAUUGGGUCCAUGGGGAUGGUCAUUAGGUCCAUGGAGAUGGUCUUUGGGUCCAUCAUCGUUGGGUUGAUGGUCAUUGAGAAGAUGGAGAUGGUCUUUAGGGCCACCAUCGUUGGGUUGAUGGUCAUUGGAGCCAUCGUGGUUGGGUUGAUGGUCAUUGGGUCCAUGGAGAUGGGUCUUGAGGAGAUGGAGAUGGUCUUUAGGGCCAUCAUGGUUGGGUUGAUGGUCAUUGGGUCCAUGGGGAUGGUCUUUGGGGCCAUGGAGAUGGGUCUUGGGUCCAUGAAGAUGGUCUUUGGGGCCAUCACCGUUGGGUUGAUGGUCCUUGAGGAGAUGGAGAUGGGUCUUGAGGCCAUCAUGGUUGGGUUGAUGGUCAUUGGGUCCAUGGGGAUGGUCAAUGGGGCCAUGGAGAUGGGUCUUGGGGCCAUGGAGAUGGUCUUUGGGGUCAUCACCGUUGGGUUGAUGGUCAUUGAGAAGAUGGAGAUGGUCUUUGAGAAGAUGGAGAUGGUCUUUGGGUCCACCAUGGUUGGGUUGAUGUUCUUUGGGUCCAUGGGGAUGGUCAUUGUGUCCAUGGAGCUGGUUGUCCUUGACGGUGCCACUGACGCGUGGGCUGAGCCCGGGGCCGGGCGGUGGCCGUGACCAUCGUGGUGGCCAUGGUGGUGGCCAUGGUGGUGGUGGUGGUGGCCAUGGUGGUGGGCGGUGGCCCGAAGGUCGGCAGCACCGGACGGGCAGCGCCCGCAGCGAGGGCUACUACCCCAUCAGCCGGGGGGAGAAGGCCCGGUACCUCCACCCCACCC